AUGACAACAACAUCACCAACAAAUUCGUCCGGCACAAAUCGCCCUACAUAUAUCAAAACUCAUAAAAAUGCUACGUUCUCGUAUGCGCAGGAUUGUGUUUCCUUUCAACAAGGAACGCUUGGUGACUCUGACAGUCAAUUAGUCGGUAUCCUUCAUCUCAAAUAUCAAAAAACUCAUCAAGUUAAAAAUGUUCUCUUACAUUUAAAAGGCGUUGAAAAAACGUCAUGGCAUAAGGCGCAAGCGAGAUCAAAAGCGUUGUACACGGGGGAGCAGAUCCUUGUCGAUCAAACUUAUAAAAUUUGGGAACAGGAGGAACAGGAAGGGUCGAUCAACUGUCUUGACAUUCCUUUUCAAGUAAAAUUACCUUAUAAUCUUCCCGAAACGAUUACGACCGAAGUAGGAUCGGUAAAUUACACUUUACGCGCCAUCAUAAACAGAAAGGGGGGAUUGGUUUCUUCUCCGACUCAAGUUAUUGAAGUUAACUGUCCUCUCAGGAGAACCAUUAACUUAGACGGUUCAAACAAUACCCCUUAUAAAUUACGUGGUGAAUCGAGAAGUGGGUUGGAUUAUACGUUUGUUUUACCACCAAACAAAAGUUUUAACCUUGGAACUUACGUUUCUAUACCGAUGAGGAUUCGUUUCUUAAGACCUGGUAUAAGUGUUGAACGAGUCGAAAUAUCAUUGAAAACUUGUAUGGAUUUUCGAUGUAAUAAUCCGAAUGAAACUCGUCAUACCAAGGAACAAGCGGCCUCCCUUUUGAUUCCGAGGCAAGAGAUCAGAUAUAUACAACCCCUUUCACAUCAUUACGAAGCAUCACUCAUCAACUUUGCAUCAAAUUUUGUUUAUGGGGAGCUGAUAUGGAUUUCCAAGUUGAAGAAAGCGUUAGGGUGGCAAACAUACAUGAAAAAUUCACCAACUUUGCUUUCACCUCACACUCCAACGUUUGAUGCGUCAAUUAUUAGUCAAUACUCUCCAAAUCAAUCCGUUUAUGAUCCUGAUGAAAUCAGCAUUGAUAUAAGGGACAUGAAAUCCAAUAAUAAUGGAUUUGGAAUCCCAACCGGUGGUGAUCGAUACGCAUAUCCUGACAAGAAUCAUCCCGAUAUGCAAUUGUUGAUGUCCCAACAACAUUUACAUAACGCGUCUAUGGGAAGAUCACCUUCUUCGCUUUCAGAAUUUCCACCACCUCCGCCAUUUUCUUAUCAUUCAGAUGGGUAUGCAAACAAGUUUUCAUUAAAUCAUGUCAAUCAACAUCAAAAUGUUCUAGAACAUUCAGUAAAUAACAAUAACAUAAAUAUUAAUGAGUAUUAUUGGUUAUACAAACAAAAACAAAUUGAAUUGGCUUUAUUAAAACAACAACAUAUGUAUCAACAAAAAAACUUGUACAAUAAUUUUCGGCAUAAUAAUAAUUCUCCUUCUCCGACACCCUCUUCAUCUUCUUCCACCCUUUCUCUUUACGUUAGUCCAACCGGGGCUCCAAAAUCACCUCCUUUAAGUCCUCCUCCGUCGACUCCGAUACCCCCACCAAUAUCUACAUCCGAACACUUUAACGAUGGGAUGCCUUCACCCACCUCUCCUCCAAACUCAUCGAAAUUACCUCCUUAUCCAAUUGAACGGCGACCUUCUUCCAGUAGUAACAAUAAUGAGAAAGCUCCUCCACGUCCCAUCGCUUCACCUCCACCAUAUCGCGGUCACCUUCAAACGAGACCUUAUGUUGAAGCUUAUACUUAUAAUUUCGACGAUUAG